CUCCCCUUCAUACACCUUCUGCGACCACAAGACAACCAGUAGGUACUUGAGGACAGCAGAUAGUGUUUACUUAUCGGAGGGAGAAGUCGGUGACAGGCAGCAAUAAGAUCACUGGACAUCGGGCACCGCAGUGAGUUGGAGCGAUGGCUGAGGUUCUAAGAUGCAACCAAGUUACAGGUCUUGCCUCUAUCAUCCCCGAAGAAAGUGAAAGAGAAAUCACCGAAGACACAUUUACUCCGUCUAUGCCAAACAGCGAGUCCAGUGGAUUUGGCUCCGCUGACGUCAUCAGCCCCACCGACACUCCACCUGAAUCCGUAGACAGAGAUGUUGAUGCUGAAAGUGCAGCCUCAACAGAGACUGAACCAGAAAGCUUUCCGGACACUGACGAAGAACAGAUCUUUGAAAUGUCGCCUGACGAUGAUGGGGCUGCAGAAGGAGAGGACUUCUUGGAGACUGAGACGCGCGAAGGAAACAUAAAUUGCGGCGGGAAACACGAACAGCCAGGAGGAUCAGGAAACGUUGCGACAGAAGAUAAUGAAGAAGGCGCGAUUGCAUUAUUAGAAGAAAACUCGGGAGCAACUGCAAACCUACGAAGCGAAAUACAGACAGAAAUAGCAACAUUCCCAUUGAAUGAGCUGAAAAUUUCGGCGGCCCCAGGAUAUGAACGGAAGCGGGAGUUUGCAUUCGGAGCAUACGGUCAAAAUAAAGAACUGACAUCACUGGGAAAUGACAGAAUUGCACGGGGAUACGAGGAUGAAGACGCAAUAUCGUCUUUGAGAUGCGAGCAACACGGAAUAGCAUCUUCUUGGAGAUGCGAGGAACACGGAGUAGCAUCUUCUUGGAGAUGCGAGGAACACGGAAUAGCAUCUUCUUUGAGAUGCGAGGAACAUGGAAUAGCAUCUUCUUGGAGAUGCGAGGAACACGGAGUAGCAUCUUCUUGGAGAUGCGAGCACCACGGAAUAGCAUCUUCUUGGAGAUGCGAGGAACACGGAGUAGCAUCUUCUUGGAGAUGCGAGGAACACGGAAUAGCAUCUUCUUUGAGAUGCGAGGAACAUGGAAUAGCAUCUUCUUGGAGAUGCGAGGAACACGGAAUAGCAUCUUCUUGGAGAUGCGAGGAACACGGAGUAGCAUCUUCUUGGAGAUGCGAGGAACACGGAAUAGCAUCUUCUUUGAGAUGCGAGGAACAUGGAAUAGCAUCUUCUUGGAGAUGCGAGGAACACGGAGUAGCAUCUUCUUGGAGAUGCGAGGAACACGGAGUAGCAUCUUCUUGGAGAUGCGAGGAACACGGAGUAGCAUCUUCUUGGAGAUGCGAGGAACACGGAGUAGCAUCUUCUUGGAGAUGCGAGGAACACGGAGUAGCAUCUUCUUGGAGAUGCGAGGAACACGGAGUAGCAUCUUCUUGGAGAUGCGAGGAACACGGAAUAGCAUCUUCUUUGAGAUGCGAGGAACAUGGAAUAGCAUCUUCUUGGAGAUGCGCCCAACACGGGGCAGCAGCGUCUUCGAGAAACAAGCAUCACGGUACAUCAACCCGGGGAUGCGAGAAACAUGGAGCAACAGCAUCCAGGAAGUAUUGGAAACAAGGAAAAGGGGAAUUUGUAGGUUAUGAGGGAAAAACAGGGACCGCAUCCAUGCAAUGGAAGCGACAAGUAGCGACUGAAUUUCUGCAGUCCAAACAACUGCGAACGGCGGCUCUGCUGAGGGAAGACAAAGAUGCAAAGGCAGUGUACAUGAACAAAAAAGAGAAGGCAAAGAAACGGACAGUGGCACUGACAGAAUACAAAGAAAGGAAAGUGAACAAGGAAAGAAACGAAGAAAGAGAGGAUGAAAGAGGAACGAAUGAAAACGCGACUGCAGUGCAAGAACAGCUGUUAAAAAAUGAAGAAGAGAAUACGGAAUACUAUUCCCUCUUCAACUGUCCUUUGCCAUCUGAGAAUGGACGGUCAUUUCCGUGCUCCGAGGACAAAUUAAGGAAUGAAGAAGCGGAUUGUCCACACGUUUGUGAUUUCGACGAUCAGGAGCCAGAACCAGAGAAGGUAAUAAUGCAUGAAGGUCGUGACGUGCUGGAUCUGUUUGCAAAUAUCACCAAUUCGUCAUGGCUCGUCACCCCAACUCGACUACAGAAAAAUAAUCUGAACCUGUUCUUCGCCAAUCGUUCCCAAUACCACCGUCUCAACAUGUAUGGAGCUAAGGAUAAACCGUUUCUGUGGAUGAAAUGCAAAAAUUGUCGCUUCCGUAUACCGGUGUAUUGAGUGAGACUGGAGAUUACUUCCAUCGAUGACGACAGCUCUUAUUAUCUUCUGCUGAUGACUCUUCUGUGAUAUGGAAUACGGUGCAAUCAACAUAAAUAUUUUAAUUAACAUAUAGGGUACUCGGAAAGAAUAUGGCCAUGCUAGGCUUCCAUAUUGUUUUUUAUCAUAUUAAAACGGUUUUAAAACAACUGUGACGUACGAAUCCACCAUAGGAUUUCUUAAGCUGCAUUAAAACGCAUGAUCUUAGUUUUUUUUCCAUAACAGCCAGAAAAUAUUUUCUUUUAAGUUAGACUUGCGACCACAUUACCUGCAAAGCACAGAUAAUGUGGCCAGUCCACAUGUUCUUCUAAAAGAUGGAAAAAAAAAGACACGAAUUUUUAUAAUUUUGACAAAAUUUAUUUAUCUCUUUUAACGUGGAAGCAACAGAAAUGAUUGAUCUCCGAUCAACAUUUAAAAUCUGUCAAAACCUGUCAAUGAUAUUUAAUUGCAUUACUAAUUUUCUGAGUUUAUAAAAUAAACUUUCACAAUAAAUCGGCUUAGUUUUGAGGACGUGCGGGUUUUAUACUCUGAUUUUGAGCUCAGAAACCUUGAAACCAGCAACGUUGGCCACAUAACCUGCAUUUGGUAUUUGUUUACAUCUCUGCCAGGAGGAGAUCUAACGAAGAAUAACAUGAAAUCCAGUUACAAUGUAUAAGAGAACAGAAAAUUUCCUUUCAAUUCAGCUCUAAGCAAACAAAUGUAAUUUCUGUUUACUAAGAUUUAUUAUAUAUUGUCUUUGUUCUGAAAGUCAGAUUCGUGUUGUUUCUUCUGUUCUCCAGGCACUCAAACUGCGCUUGGUCACACGCGCUGAAAACAAUUUGCUUGAUAUUUGUGACCAAAUGGCGGUAAUUUCUGUAAACAAUCUGUGCAAUUAUGAAUAAGGCAGCGACUUGGCCAUAUUCCCAACAAGUACCUUAGAAAUUCUACACACACUUUUAAAAUGCUUCGUUAGUUUUCAUUUAUAUAAUUUUAUAUCCAGUUCCCUAUAUAAUACAUAAAUGAUCCCAAAUUUAUCUUCCUGGUGCUAUAUAUUUGCAAUAAUGAAGGUUUCGGCCCUUGACUCUCAUUAUAAAAAAUCUGUACGAUGUUAAAUUCACAUUUCAGUGGUUUAAUUUUUUAAAAUUAAAACAACUACAGAGAAAGUACAGAUUAAUACUUCAAUAAAAAUUGACAAGGCCACAUCAAUGAUUCGCCUAUCUAUAAAUGAGGGUU